AUGACCACAGCAGGAAGCCCCUGGGGCUGUUUCCUGGGGUACCUCAUCCUUGGUGUCACAGGAUCCCUGGCCUCGGGUGGCGGCAGCCACAUCAUCAACGGCGAGGACUGCAGCCCGCACUCACAGCCCUGGCAGGCGGCACUGUUCACGGAAGACGAGUUUUUCUGCGGGGGCGUUCUGGUGCAUCCGCAAUGGGUGCUGUCAGCCGCACACUGUUUCCAGAACUCCUACACCAUCGGGCUGGGACUGCACAGUCUUGAGCCCAACCAGGAGCCAGGCAGCCGGAUGAUGGAGACUGACCUCUCCAUACAGCACCCAGAGUACAACAAACCCUUUGUCGCCAACGACCUCAUGCUCAUCAAGUUGAAAGAAUCGGUGUCCGAGUCUGACACCAUCCAGAACAUCAGCAUCGCCUCCCAGUGCCCGACCGCUGGGGAUUCUUGCCUUGUUUCUGGCUGGGGUCAGCUGAUAGAUGGCAGGCAGCCCCAAGUGCUCCAGUGCGUGAAUAUCUCGGUGGUGCCCGAGGAGACCUGCAAUGCCUUCUAUGCCCCUGUGUACCACCCCAGCAUGUUCUGCGCAGGCGGAGGACAGGACCGAAAGGACUCUUGCCACGGUGACUCUGGGGGCCCCCUGGUCUGCAACGGGUCCCUGCAGGGCCUCGUGUCUUUUGGACAAGCCCAGUGUGGCCUACCACACGUGCCAGGCGUUUACACCAACCUCUGCAAGUUCAAGGACUGGAUACAGAAAACCAUCCAGGACAGUUAA